UCAUAGGCUACAGCCCUGACUCAACAUAGGAAGUUCAGCAAGCACACUAACAUUAUCAGCAGACCUGUUAAUACGAAACAAUGAGCGAAAUAAAACCAACAGUAGCGACUUCCACGGAUAAAAAGGAAGCUACAGCAGAGGAAAAAGACUGGGCAGCUGCUAAAGCUCACUUUGAAAGCUUGAAAUCAACGAAACCGCGACCCCCCAAGCCGAAACAUGCAGUAACUAUCGCAGUUUCUUCUCGGACAUUGUUUGAUAUGGUCGCGGAAAGGAAGAUAUACGAGGAAGAAGGAGUUGAGAAGUAUGUUCAACAUCAACAAGAGCACGAGAGCGAGCCACUGAAGCCAGGAGUUGCUUUUCCUUUCGUUAAAGCACUGAUGACUGUAAAUGAACGGCUGAGGAUUCUCUAUCCGGACAGCGAAGAGCUGUUUGACAUUGUUCUCAUGACUAAUAAUCACGCCCAAGUUGGGGUGCGACUCAUUAACAGCAUAAAUCACUAUGAUCUAACGAUAGAGCGAUUCUGCAUGACCGGAGGUCAGAGCCCAAUUGACUACCUCAAGGCCUACAUGACUAACCUUUACCUCUCAAAAGACUCCUCAAAAGUUCACGAGGCCAUUGAGGAAGGUAUAGCGGCAGCCAUCAUGUUUAAGCCUGAUAUGGAGACUCAGCGGUCUGAGACUCAGCUGCGUGUGGCCUUUGAUGGGGACGCCGUGCUCUUCUCAGAUGAGUCCGAGAUCAUAGUGAAACAGCAUGGCCUGGACACAUUCUUCGCGCAUGAGAAAAUGAAUGAGAACAAACCGCUUGCACAGGGUCCUCUUAAGUGCUUUCUGGAGGCUCUAGGGAAGCUCCAGAAGAAAUUCUACGCCAAGAACGAGCGUUUGAACUGCCCUAUCCGUACCUUCUUGGUGACGGCCAGAAGUGCAGCGAGCUCUGGGGCCCGUGUGCUGAAGACACUCAGAAGCUGGGGCCUGGAGAUCGAUGAGGCCUUGUUUCUCGCUGGGGCCCCUAAAGGGCCCCUGCUGCAGAAGAUUCGCCCUCACAUAUUCUUUGAUGAUCAGAUGUUCCACAUUGAAGGGGCCAAGGAGAUGGGCACUAUUUCUGCCCACGUGCCAUAUGGGAUAGGGCAGAAAUAUAACAAAGGGAAACUGAUUGAACCAGAAAAGCAGCAGCAGCAGAAAUAAAAGAUGACACUCGGAUUGUUACAGGUCAGCCUUAGUCACUAAGGGAGUUUAUCAUAUAGUUAAUAUUGUGUAGAUGAAAAUAUCUACCCCUGUUUUAUGAAAUUUAUGGAAAUAUAUUAGAGGAACUGCUGUGUUCUUGUAAACAGAGUAGAAAUAUGUUUUAUAGACAUAUUUUUG